AUGGCUGGAGAAGUACCUUUGGAGAUCUUGCAAAAUUUGCAGCAGCAAAUUCAGGAGAUGAGGGCGGAAAUCGCAACAAUGAGGGCAGAACAAGCAAAUAGAGUAGGAGGUCACUCUGACCGCUCUGUCAAUGUAGAGACAUAUCACUCAGACACCGGGGAGCGACCUCCCACCGAAGGUGAGGGGCGACAAGAACACCAUAAUCCUGUUCCUAGUGAGGGAGUUGGAGGAGUUAAUGGACGGGGGGCAGGCAGAGGUGAUGGAAGACCGGUGAGUAGGGCCGGGAGUAGAAGCGGAGGGCGAGGAAGAGGUCGGGGCAAUGGGAGAGGUGACCCUCAUCGCCGGGAGGAGAGGCAACGAAACGAAGAGCAAAAUCCUGCAUAUGGCGAUCAAGCUGAGGGAUUACACCCUUUCACGCCAAGGGUAAUGCAGGCAAUCAUACCAGAAAACAAAGUGCUGCCAUCAAUGGAGAGGUAUGGAGGUUCAUCUGACCCUAUUAAGCAUUUACGAUCUUUCGUAGAUGCCAUGGCGGUAUAUUCGUCCGACGAACUGGUAUGGUGUAGAGUUUUCUCUCUUUCACUAAAAGAAGAAGCAUUAGAUUGGUUCCAUUCAUUACAACCUGGAACCAUUGACAACUUCGUCGAACUGCGCCAGCUAUUUACUCAGCAGUAUGCCUCGAGUAAGACGCCUGGUGUGACCUACAUGGCCCUAGUAAGAAUGAAGCAAGGACGAGAGGAGUCCCUCAAACUUUUUAUGGAUCGGUUCAAUCGUACCGCCCGGCAGGUACAGAAUGCCGAUCAGCGAUUGGUGGUGAGUGCUUUGACCACUGCAUUGCGGCCUGGUCCGUUUUGUGACUACCUCCACACAGAAGAGCCCCAAAGCAUGGACGAGUUACAAAACAAAUUGGCCAGUUUUAUUCGUAUAGAAGAAGGGAGAGCCCAUCAACGUGGAAGAGAGGAAGGGGAAUCAAUGCCCCGCCCGGCCAGAGUGAGAUCGGGACCACAGUCCGGGGGGAAUGACAGGAGAGGAGGCUAUAGAGGCAAAGAACACAACCAAAUGCAAGUCCUGGAAGAGGCAUUGAGGGCCGACCUGCUAACAGUGGUACAAAUACCUACACCUAGAGGAGCUGAUGAAAGCAAAUAUUGUCGGUAUCAUCAAAAUCGGGGCCACACAACUGAAGAUUGUCAUACAUUGAAGGAUAAAUUGGAAUCUUUGGUUCAAGCAGGACAUCUUCAGAAGUUCGUCCACAGGGGAAUAGCACCCACCAGACCCGAUCGGACCUCAUUGCAGCCAGAAUCCCGAAAAAAGACCCGGCCGAGAAUUGAUCGGAGUAGAAGCAGAAGCACUGACCGAACGGUCAGAGGAGUAAUCAAUACUAUAUCUGGAGGGUUUGCAGGAGGUGGAUCGACGUCAGCCGCCCGCAAAAGACACUUAAGAAACUUGCACAGCUCCCACCGAACAGACACCUCAAAAAGAGCUAUGCCCACCAUCACUUUUUCUGAUAACGAUUUCCAUGCACCCGACUUAGAGCAAGAUGACCCGAUGGUGAUAACAGCAAUGAUCGCCAGGUACAGGGUGAGUAAAGUCUUAAUAGAUCAAGGUAGUUCGGCCAACAUAUUAUAUUGGAAGACCUUCAAGCAAAUGGACAUAUCGGAAGAUGCAAUUUUGCCUUUCAAUGAGCAAAUUGUAGGAUUUGCGGGAGAGAGAGUAGAUACGAGGGGGUAUGUCGAUCUGAGGACCAGCUUGGGAGCCGACAGGGACGCUAAAGAGAUGACGGUUCGGUUCCUGCUAGUAGAGGCCGACACGUCUUAUAAUGUUCUAUUGGGAAGACCGUGCUUAAACAUGUUCGGGGCUAUUGUCUCAACUCCACACUUAACUUUGAAAUAUCCCACUGAUGAUGGAAAGGUUGCCACCGUUCGGGCCGAUCAGAAGAUGGCACGCGAAUGUUACGCUGCAGGGUUGAAGGUCAAGCCCAGAAGUAUUACUUUCUCAGGCCACCGAUCAGAGGUCGCUAUGAUGGAAUUAGACCCUCGAACGCAAUUUGACGAUCGGGUUGAACCCUUGGGGGAUACACGUCCUGUUGUUAUUGGACAGCAGGAGGAUCAGUGUACCACCAUAGGACGCAAUCUUACAACCGAUCAGGUGACAUUAAUAGAAGAGCUAUUGCUGAAAAACAGAGAUUUGUUUGCAUGGCAAGCAGCCGACAUGCCAGGUAUUCAUCCUGAUAUAAUAUCUCAUAAAUUGUCACUAUUCAAGGAUGCCCGACCGGUUGCCCAAAGAAAGCGGAGGUUAGGCAACGAGAAAAGAAGAGCGGUAGAGGAGGAAGUAACAAAGUUAUUGGAAGCCGGUUUCAUACGAGAAGUUAAGUAUACCACAUGGUUGUCGAAUGUGGUGAUGGUGAAGAAGCCGAGCGGUAAGUGGAGAAUGUGCACAGAUUUUACCGACCUUAAUAAAGCAUGCCCGAAAGACACAUAUCCCCUUCCAAGCAUUGAUGGCUUGGUAGACGGAGUCUCCGGAUACGAAAUCUUAAGUUUUUUAGAUGCUUAUUCGGGAUAUAAUCAAAUCCCCAUGUAUCAACCCGAUCGGGAUAAAACGGCUUUCAUAACAGAACGUUCCAAUUACUGUUAUGAGGUCAUGCCGUUCGGCCUAAAAAAUGCAGGAGCGACAUAUCAACGACUCAUGGAUAAAGUCUUUCAACGUCAGAUAGGCAGGUGUAUGGAAGUAUAUGUGGACGACAUGGUAGUGAGAAGCCGAUCGGUGGAGGAGCACUUGCGGGAUUUAGCCGAAGUCUUGGAUCAGGUGAGGAAGUUCGGGAUGAGGUUAAAUCCUCUUAAAUGUACAUUUGGAGUGUCUGCAGGAAAAUUUUUAGGUUUCAUGCUUACUUCACGAGGCAUCGAGGCCAAUCCGGAUAAGUGUCGGGCUAUUUUGGAGAUGAGAAGUCCAAGUAGUUUGAAGGAAGUCCAACGGUUGGUCGGGAGACUUACAUCGUUAUCCCGAUUCAUACCCAAAUUAGCUGAUCGAAUUCAACCGAUUUUAAAACUAAUGAAGAAACAAAAGCAAGUAGAGUGGAACGAUCGGUGUGAAGCGGCAUUUGACGAAGUCAAGCAAAUUCUCUCUAACCCUCCGGUUAUGAGACGCCCAGAUUAUGGCUGUGACUUGCACCUAUUCUUGGCGGUUGGUGAAGAAGCGGUCAGCGCAGCAUUAGUGCAAGAAGUUCCUGAGUUUCGUCCAGUUUAUUUCAUCAGUCGGGUACUGAAGGAACCUGAAACUAGAUAUCAGCAACUGGAGAAGAUAGUCCUAGCACUUGUGAUAGCCACUCGAAGGCUCCGUCCCUAUUUACAGGGAAAUCAGGUAAUUGUUCGAACGGAUUAUCCUAUUUCAAAAAUUCUACGUAAACUUGACCUAGCAGGUAGGAUGAUCGGUUGGUUCAUUGAACUCUCUGAGUUCGGUUUGAGAUACGAACCACGAGGAUCAAUUAAGGGCCAGCACUUGGCUGAUUUCGUGGCCGAGUUACCAGGACGAUCGUCACAUUGUUAUUCAUGGGUAUUAUACGUGGAUGGAUCGUCCAGUCUUAAAGGAGGUGGAGCGGGUGUUGUAUUAGAAGGACCGGACGGUAUAGUUGUCGAACAGGCCUUGAUCUUUCGGUUUAAGGCCAGCAAUAACCAAGCCGAGUCUGAGGCCUUAAUAGCUGGCCUUGAGCUAGCACGAGAUUUAGGGGUUAAAGUGCUUUGUUGCAAAAUGGAUUCACAGCUGGUAGCAGGUCACAUGAACGGAACCUUCCAAAUUAAAGAUGAUCAAUUGCUCAAAUAUUUCCACAGAGCCAAGCAACUAUUCGCACACUUUGACAGCAUCGAGGUGAAUCAUAUUCCCAGAAGUGAAAACCAAAGAGCCGACCGGCUAUCGAAGUUGUCCACUGGUAAGGAGAAAGGUCAACUGUCUUCAUUGGUCCGGCAGAUAAUUUUCAAGCCAGCAGUUGAAUGCUUACAAGUUUAUUCCACCGCCGAACGGGACGAUUGGAGAAGAGAGAUCGUAAGGCUAAUCCAGCAGCAAGAGGCAGGAACAACCCUCCGAACGGAGGAAUCAAAACAGGUUGCAAGGUAUGUCAUGGUGGGGGAAGAGCUAUACCGAAGAGGGUAUGUCACUCCAAUGUUGAAGUGCGUGUCCAAAGAUGAAUCCGAAUAUGUUAUGCAAGAGCUGCAUGAAGGAAUAUGUGGUAGGCAUGGCGGCGGCCGUUCAUUAAGGGCCCGAGCUUUGCGAGCAGGAUUUUAUUGGCCAACAAUGGAGAAGGAUUGUCAGGCCUUUGUCGUCAAAUGUUUGGCUUGUCAAAAACAUGGGAACAUCAUUCACACACAAGCAGCAGCGCUAUCGGCCAUAGUAUCUCCAUGGCCCUAUGCUCAGUGGGGAAUGGACAUAGUAGGGUCAUUUCCAACCGGUCGUUCCCAGUUCAAAUUUCUCUUAGUCGCAAUUGACUAUUUUACUAAAUGGGUGGAAGCUGAGCCUCUGGCUAAAAUAUCAGCUUCUCAAGUGCAAAAGUUUGUGUGGAGACUAAUAUGUCGAUUCGGUCUGCCCAAGCACAUCAUCACCGAUAACGGUCGGUAG